CGAGUUCUCAGCCUCGCCAGCACCAACAGCUGUCCUGACCACAGCUCAGCCUGCACGCCAUUCAGCUCCCUGACACCGCCCAUGUUGUUGGAUGUCACACAUAAGUUCUUCACGAUCGCCGCCGAAGUCUGGUUCGAGAUUUGAGGAACAAUUCGAACAAUAUCUGGGCAUUCACAUGAACCCCAUCCAAUCACCAGCAUCUCCAAAUAACACUUACCACCUCAAGAAACCGCAACCACAUGUGGAGGGCGUUUAUGACCCUCUGCCAGGAAAUGGAUCGCCACCGAUGUAUCCCAGGACACCGCAUCCUGCAGCAAGUUUCCUUUCACGCUCUCGGACGGACCCUAUGACGCAGAGGUUAAUUCAGCAUCGAGCAACGCAAGCAGCGAAGUGGAAGAUUCAUUGGCGUACACCAGCUUUGAUGGCAUCGUCGUUUCUUUUGGGAUUCAUACUUGUGCUGGGCCAACAUUUCCUAUACAGAUACCUCCAUCAUAGGGUUGAGCACAAUGAGGACAAACGUAUACGUUGGGUGCUGUACGGUCGUGCAAUGGCAUACUUCUCAAAGAUCACAUUCGGGGGAUGCGUCAUCCUAUGCUACCGCCAGCGCAUAUGGCGAACAAUGAGAGAGCAGCCCUUGUCUAUCAUGUCAAUUGACCAGCUUUUCCUCGCAACCGAAGAUCCAUCGCUCUUCGCCAAUUGGGAAACCCUCACACAGGCAAAGUUGCCCGUUUUGAUGGCGUUGGCUAUCUGGCUUAUACCGCUCGCUACGAUCAUUUUCAGUCCAGGUGCCCUUACCUUUGGAGACAUAUAUGUUGCGGACCGCACUAAUCUUAUGGUGCCGACUUUGAAUUUUACUGCCGAAUCGUACAAGGAUUAUCGCAAACCAGUAUAUGCAGAGGAUGGGACCAAGAAAAAGUCACUGGUGUUCAUGAACACCACGGAUCCGGAUGGAUUGAAAGAAGGCUUCUUCGACUAUUACGACCAACCGUCUGCGGAUGUCCAGCGCGUCACGCUUAUGGCAGCAUACAGCUUGAAGAACCAAUCGCUCAACCGAGAAGACGCGAGAAUCGAAUCUUGCGGCGGAGAAUACAAUUGCACCUACUCCAUCAAUUUUGUAGCGCCCGGUUACAAAUGCGAACUGGUAGCGGAAGGUCCCCAGGAUCAUGAGAAGUUGAAGGACAUGCAUGCACCUUUCAACACGAGUCUGCUUGCACCAGAGGGUCGCCACGUCUACUGGGCACAGGUUGAUGAUGGAAAUUAUGCUUCUCCUCAAUCGGACAACCUAUCGAAUAGAGGAGGAGUACCCGAGGGGCCCGUGUCUGAUGAUUUUGGGGUUUUCGAGACUGAGCCGGUGCUGUGGAUCGGAUAUUCGGUCGAUUCCAAUGAGACGUUGCCCGAAAAUUCGAGAUACAAGGAUUCUUGGAAAACCAGAUUCGAUCCCCGUAUACUCAGAUGUGUACACUAUGAAACCGAGUACAAUGUCGAUUUCAACUACAGCGGUCCUUUUUUCACCACGAACAUCGACUACAAGUUCCUCGCUCCGGUCAUCGACACCAAUCUUACCAGGUACGACGAAAAUACCACGGAGAUCCUACCAGCAGAGAACUUCGUGGAUCCACGAAAGGACGUCCUGAAAUACAAAAAGACCGCCGCGUACCACGCCAUGGGCGAGCGCCUGCGAUACUUCCUGAGGGGAAGCAUGGUCGUCGAACCUCAGAUUCCCGGGCCAUUCUUCGCGAAGGUCUAUUCCCAGAUCGCCAUGACCAGAUUAGUCAGUAACACCAGCAGCAUCCCGGUGGAAGGACUCCCAACUCUUGUGCAGCAAUUCUACGCCGAAAUGAUUCUCUCGCUGUUUUCGGUUCCAAAUUUGCUGGUUGUUUCCGAGCAGCAAACGCGGGUGCGUAGAAGGCAAGUUCGAUCCACGUUCAUCUACGACCAUUGGAAACUGUGGGCAUCGUACGCGCCCGUUAUUUUCUUCGUCCUUAUAUUCCUGCUCUUGGGUUUCUGGACCAUCUGGGAGGAUGGAGUCACGUUCUCCGUUGGCUUUUCGAGAAUCAUGGUCACGACGAGGAAUACCACGCUCGACGAGAUCAGCAGAGGCGCGUGCUUAGGCAACGAUCCUUUCCCGCCAGAAUUGAUGCACACCAGACUGAAAUUUGGUGUGUUAUCGGAGGGCGGCCACGAGUUAGAGUACAUGGGCAUUGGCGACCUCCCGGGUGCUGGACAUUGUGCAUUCGGUGUUCCUUCCGAGGUGGGACCGAUUCGAAAAGGAAUACCCUAUGCAGGAUUGCAGGUUAGAAGACAAGAUGCAAGAAAAAGGAAGGAAAAGGAAAAGACGGAUUGAACGAUAUUGCUUUGUUAUUUUUUGUUCUUGUCGU